AUGAUGUACCGCACAUACAUGGUACUCGCUUUUGCGUGCGUCUUCGACACUGUCGUCGCACUCGACACAGAAGUUGUAGUGUUGAGGGCAGUUCGAGGUCGCGACGCGCGGUUGCCUUGCGGACAAGGGAAGGUCUUCUUGGACGGCCCGGACGCAUACGUACUGUGGCUUAAGAACGACCGCGAGUUCCUCUAUCGAUUUCCCAAUGAAGAUUCUGAGAGAAGUGGAAGCAGGGGGGAAGCAUUGGCCGUGAGUUUGGAUAUAGCUAAGGCUUUCGAUCGGGUCUGGCACAAGGCUCUUCUAUCGAAGUUACCAUCCUACGGGCUCCCAGAUGGUCUUUGCACCUGGAUCGCCAGUUUUUUGAUAGAGCGGAGCAUUAAAGUUGCGUUAGACGGUUUCUGCUCGGACUCCAUGCUCAUCAACGCUGGCGUUCCCCAGGGUACUGGUGAUACCUUUUAUACUGGCCGUGCAAAUAUGACCCAACAGGAAGUGGUAGAAGGAAGAGCACAACUUGUGUCUGAAAUCGAGACCUCACUGGAGCAAGUCUCCGUAUGGGGCCGACAAAAUCUUGUCCGCUUUAACCCCACAAAAACACAAGUUUGCGCGUUCUCCGCUAAGAAAACUCCAUUUGUUAUAGCGCCUAAGUUCCAAGGCACUCCCCUCGUCACCUCUAAUAGUAUAGGCAUCCUUGGCGUCGACAUCUCGAACGAAGUCCAGUUUCGGGGUCAUUUGGAGAAUAAAGCCAAAAUGGCUUCUAAAAAGAUUGGUGUGCUCAACAGAGCGAAGCGGUGUUUCACAUCGGGGCACCGGCUUUUGCUAUACAAAGCUCAGGUUCGGCCCCAUAUGGAAUACUGCUCGCACCUCUGGGCUGGAGCACCCAAGUAUCAGCUUGAUCCACUUGACUCCAUCCAACGUCGGGCUGUUCGAAUUGUCGACGACCCUAUGCUCACAGACGAUUUAGAGCCCCUUAGUCUGCGGAGAGAUGUUGGCUCUCUAUGUGUGUUCUACCGUCUAGCGGUGAACCGGGAUCGUAUCUUCGGCACGUCAUGUGAUGGCGAAACCUGCCAUGACGAUACUUCACUGUUGUUAAAGAAAGUGGGACACCAGGACGCCGGUACCUAUCGCUGCCGUGUACAUUACCAGGCGUCCCCCUCUGUCGACUACGUCAUCGAUGUUCGGCUGGUUGAUGCUCCGGGAUCUCCGAGGAUAUACGACGAAGCAGGAGAGGAAAUUAAGAGGGCAUACCUCGGGCCCCUCAGCCUCGGCUCCGACUUGACACUCAUCUGCGAGGUUGACGAUGAUCAGCCGGACACACUGGUGUACUGGCGGCGUAAUGGUGUAGUGAUCGAGCGUGCGCACAGCGUGCGCCCACGCGUGUUGCGCGCCGAGGUGCGCGUGCAGAACGUCACACGCGCCGAGCUCGACGCGCAUUAUGAGUGCCUCGCCCAGAACGCAGACGUCACCGACCCUCUCAGUGCUAGUGUUGUCGUCAAAAUGUAUCUUCCGCCUUUAACCGUGGAAAUCCGUUUGAACAAUAACGUGGACUUCGAGGCUGGGCAACCACGCGUCGUGGACUGUGUGGUGGUAGGCUGCGUACCUCCCCCCUCCAUCACGUGGCAUCUCGGGCAGACUCUACUCAGAUCCACCGUCCACAAGGAACUCCACGAUGGCAACUACACAGUGUCGUCUCUAACCUUGGCGCCCUCGCUGCGGGACAAUGACCAUGAACUGAUUUGCCGAGCUCACAACUCGCAUCUGCCUGCUGCUGUCUUCGAAGACAAAGUGACGUUGCAUGUCGGUUUCCGACCAAUCUGCUUGACGACUCGCGAUGAGACGGUGGGCGCGAUUCUGCGGGAAGCGGAGACCAUCACCUGCGUGGUGGACGCCACGCCCGAGCCCCUGCAGUUCAGCUGGACCUUCGCUGAUUCGCGAAUUUUGUACACUAGUGUUAAGAAAGUACCAGGCCAUCAUCACCGGUACUUGUCGACGCUGACAUGGUUGCCUCGUGACGGCGAUAUCGGACCUCUCCUCUGUCGGGCUACCAACUCGUUCGGCGAGCAGAAACGCGCCUGCGCAUACACAGUUGCUCCUGGGGGACCACCAAAUACUCCAGAGUGUGUCGUGCUGCGGUCUUAUCCGAACUCACUUCGAGUGCAAUGCAAGAAAGGCUGGGAUGGCGGGCGAGCCCAAACAAUCCACCUAGAGCUAAUAGCAGAAGACGGUACAACAUUCUACAACGUAACAGACUCAGCAGGCCAUUUUCAACUCCCCGAAUUUGAAGAGGGACGUAACUUGACUGCCGUAGUAUAUGCAAGUAACACACGAGGACGUAGUGACCCGAAGACUAUGCAAUUACAAAUGCUAACGCCUUUGAGUGCUUCAGCGGUGACAGAAGAGGUUCCAUCCUCAUCAUGGACAGGUUGGAUAGAAUUGGCAUCUGGCGUUGUAGCAGUAGUCGCGGUAGUUGCUGCCACCGGACUCUGCAUCAGAGCUAUCAGACUACGACGCGAGCACGUCGAGCUUAACCCUGACUUAGUACCUCGGUCUGAUGGUUCGUUCCACCGCGAGCCGGACUUCACUCGCGAAGAGCGUGUUCUGGGGACAACCAACAUCACUGUCAAUCAGCUUGCCUCCUGCCAGAAUCAGUACUCAUCGUCACCUGUGCCGUCGUGUCGCGUGCUCGUGGGCUGCGCACACGCACCCGAGCCAUGCUCCUCUACCCAACAUUCAUAUUUCGUUUAAUGCCGAUAUAUAAAUACCUAUACAAAUAUUACAGCAGUGGCAAAUAGCCUGGUUGGGAAAACGCUUAACUAGUAAAAAAAGAUUGCAGGUUCGAAUCCCAACGCGGGUCUGUAACGUUUAAGUCCUUUUUAAAUCAUGUGUGUAGUUUAGUUUAUUAAGUAAGAAAUGAAGCGUGGAGAAAAGGUUCACCAAACUCUUCCAAGAUCACAUUAAGCU